AUGUCAGUUAACGCCUUCAAAAUUACGUCAUGCUUGAAAGGUCGCGUUGGAAAUCGUGCGGGACAAGCGCAGGCAGGCUGCAACAUGGCGUACGCACUAGUCCGCUCCGGUGCCUUUCGAAAGGCCCGUUGGCAAUAUGCACUGGCGCGCGAAGCUGCCCGGGAUGCCAAGUGGCCAGCAGUUCAACUCCAAGCCGAGGAAGCUCUUGCUGCAAUGGAUUUCCAGGAGGAUCUGCCCCUCGAUGGAACAAAACACUUAAAGGCUGCACUCGCACUCUGUCCGUCAGCGGCCGCCAGCCAAGCCGGCUUAGAUCUCCUACAGGCCCAAAUUUCCUCCCUAGCUCGCCCCAAACGAGGAAAAACAGGUACUAAACGUUCUCUAAGCCGCAUGUCGACAAAUAGUACCAGAAAGCCAACCAGCAAAAUAUCGCUGACCAUCGCGGAACGUCCAGUACCUCGUUUCCCGGACCGAAAGCCCGUGGAAAGGGAGUGCUCCACACAGGCACCAGACUAUGAUGAAAACGGUAGACCUCCGAAGGAGAAGUUGCCACUGGUUUCACAAAUUCGAACCCAAGCGAUUCACCGAAUGAGUCUUCGGAGACCCAGCAAGGAUCCUCAACGCCUCAUAGCAAGCUUAUCGGAGGUCUACAAGGAUUGGCCGUCAGUUUCUCAGCACACUUUGGAAAAGUCCAGGUACGUAAACAUUUAA